UACCUCUAUCUAGGGUAAAACAAAACAACAUGUUGAUGCUUACAGCAGCUAAUUGCUAAAGUUACAAAGAAUGGAUUGCAGAUCUUUAGUGUUUGAUGUUCACAUUUGUGGGGCCUGCAGGAAAGAAUACAACGAUUAUCAUGAGUUUACAAAACACAAAGAAACGUGUUCAGUUUUAGAAGAGCUAAGGAAACAGAAAUUUCAUUCCUUAAACCAAACAGGUACAACAGUGUGUAUUCCAACAGAGAGAGAAGAUUCAGGAAAAUGUCCAAAAUCUCCAAAUGUGGAAAAUAUCUCAGCAAAACAUGCGGAAAAUCAACCAUAUCAGAAAAGUGAAGUUUCCUCAAGUGUUGUUCCAACACUGAUAACGCCUAAGCAUUCUUUCAUCACAAAUGUUAGUUCUGCAGCAUUACCUGAGUACGCAGAUAAAACAGUAAUACCAUCAAACUUUGUGCACCUACUAGGAAACAGUAACAGUGAAAAUUUACAGCAUGUUAGCAGUGAUAGUGUUCUUUUAACACAAGUUUACCAAAAUCAGAAACAUGCAUGUACUGGUGCUGAUAGUAUUGUUGGAAAUUCAUCACAUCCCCAACAAAUGUCAAAUAUUAACAUCGGUAAUCAACUGCCUACUCCAGUUGGCCAUGAAUAUGCAAGACAGAAUAUGGAGGAGAUUGAAGAAAAACACAGAGCUGUUGAGAUGAACAACUCACAUCCAGUUUGCCAGAUAGUUACAAUAAACAAUGAUAGGUAUUUGAUCAUCACAAACACAGGCCAGGGAGAUAUAUGUAUACCCAUCAAUGCUGAAAAUGCUGAUGUUCUUAAUCUGGUCCAGAACUUCAUGAAGGAUUCUUAUGAUCUUGCUACAAAUUCAAGUCCUCAAAAGGCCUCAUUUGAAAUAAAAGAACAAUUCACAAAUCAGCAACAGAAUGCAGUAACAAAUGCACAUACUAAAACACAUAUAUCCUCAAGCUUGAAUAAUGGAUUAACAACCUCUGAAGCUAUACAUCCUAUAGCUCAUCUGGAAAGGUCAAUACCAAAACCAGCAAUUCAGAAUAUCUACCCUGGGCAGAUGGGAAACAGUACAGGGGGGGUCCAGCAUUCAUCACAACCAACUCUCCAGAUGCAGCUUGACCACAAUGCAUCAUUUUCAUUGUUACCUCAUUCUCAAGUGAUACCUGGUAUUCUCUCAGAUUCUACCCAUAAUUCCACUCAGCCUCAACAACACUUAUCACAAGAGUCCAUGCAGCUUCUUGCUGGUCAUUCUAGUCAAUCUCUUCCAUGUGAAGCAACAGCAGUCGCAAUUCCUGUCUCAGACAACGGUGUUAAUCCAGCGAUAACAACUGCUGACAUGACUCCUUUGUCUAUCAGUACUGACUCACAAAAUCUCUCGAAACUCACAGACAUGCAGCUGACGCCAAAUACUGUUCUGACUUCAUUAGGUAAUUUGAGUAAAUAUGCCAACACAGAAGGUAUGGAGAAUAUUGGAGUUGACAGUUUGGAGAAUAUUUCGAAAGAAGAAGAUGGACAAGGAAAUGAGAUUACAGGUAUUAGUGAAGCCUCUCUUCAGAAUUUGGAGGUGAGCAGUGUUGUGUAUAUGGGAGACAAUAGUUACUCCUUGCAUUUCAAAACUCACACUGCAAGCAACAUAGAAUCCAAUUUAUCCACCGAAAACCUCAGCGGAGAGUCCCAGCAACCUGAUUUAAACCAGUUGACCGAGGCCAUGCCCAGUGGUCACCAAGGAGUGGAAGGCCAAGUCAGAAUUGAGAACCAGAUGGUGGGAAGUGAAAUCAGUGUGGAGAAUCCACCAGUGGAAGGUGGAGCAAGUCUUGUGAAUGAGGAUGAGGUCCAGGAGAGUCAGGUUGUGGAGCAACUCCACCAGGCGUACCUCCGCACACAGCAACAGAACAAGGAGAAGCAGCUGAGUCAGCAACAGCAACCACAGCAACACAAGACCAAGAUGAAGCAGAUGACAAGGAGGUCUCCUAAGAGCAAGCAGAGAAAGAAGAAGUUCCAGUGUACCAUUCAAGGCUGCAGCUUUGUGUCUGCCUACAUGAAGGAUCUGGAGAGACACAUGCGAGUUCAUACUGGGGAAAGGCCGUACAGUUGUGAAUACUGUAACAAAACCUUCAGUCGGAUGGACAAGCUCCGCCUACAUGUCAGGGGCCACACGGGGGAAAAACCAUUUAAAUGUGACCUCUGUAACUACCGAGCAGUGGACAAUGGCAGUAUCAAGAAACACAUGACUGUACACAGCAACGACAAACCCAUCAAAUGUCAGACUUGUUCCUAUGCCUGUCGCACCACUAGUCAGCUAGUUGUUCACCUGCGUAAGCACACAGGCGAUGCUCCGUUUUCUUGUCUCUAUUGUGAUUCCAAGUUUAAGAUCAAGUCGGAUAUGAAGAGACACAUGCGCACACACACAGGAGAGAAACCUUUCAAAUGCGAGCAAUGUGAUUUCAGUUGCUCUGCUAAAAGUAAUUUAAUUAGCCACUACAAUGUUCAUCAUUCCAGCACAAAGUUCACAUGUGACCAUUGUGAAUUUUCCACCUCGUCUAAAAGAUCAUUUCACGAGCAUCAGAAAACUCACUCUACUCCUGAUCCAGAGUGCAUUUGUAAAGUGUGCCAGUAUGUAUGCUCUAGCAAACAGACGCUGAAAACCCACAUGUCUAACUCUCACAACUAUAAGCUGUAUCUCUGCAAGGACUGCAACUUCUGCAGCAAGAGCAUGACCAAGGCCAGGCACCAUUACAAUACAUGUGGUUCUGUAAAGAAACCCUCCAGUCAUCUUAGAAAAUCCAAGAGACAUCGGACCCCACGCGACCAUGAUUCCCAAGGAAUGAAAUAUGAGAAGAAUUAUGUCUGUGAUUUCUGUGAUGAGGCUUUUGUGAGAAAGGACUCGCUGACCAGUCAUGUGAAACUUCACAGAGAAAGGACUCAGUCGACAUUGUCCACAGCGCUGACAGUGCUGGAACUUCAGCAGCCGGUCAUAAACAGCACAACAGUCCCCCCUGGAGUUGACCAUAAUUAUGAUAUGGAAGUGGUUACUAUUUCCUCCUCCAUGGGCCAAAGAAAAAAGGAUCACAAUUAUGAAACUCUUGAUAAGGAGGCAACCUCCUCAAAUUCAGAAAGUCAUAAAGAGGAGAGUCCUUCUGGAGGCAGGAGAACUCGACGGAGGAGUUCCAGCAGAUCCUAUAAAAAUGAUUCUGUUUAUGAUUCGCAUUAUAAACGCAAGUUGUCAAAGCCUUGCCGAAUUCAAACUACAACACUGGAGAAUUUUGAAAAGUGCAAACCUUCCACGAGUGCUGCUUUGCGUGAAUCGAAAAGUCUAGAGCAGGGUAGGUAUGAGCAGUAUGACAAUAACCCAUCAGGAAAUCUACCUGUGGAAACACAAACUCAGCAGACCACAAUUCUUCCUGAAGUGCUGCCACCUUUAGUGGUUAAUGUCAACCAGACUGAUCAACAGAUUAACUCAUCUCAAAAUCCUCAGACUGAAAUGGCCGUCAAUCCUAGCAGUGCUCCACAAACUAACAAUCCUAAUAUUCAAGUUGUUCAGAACAUUACAGUGCCUGUCAUACAGCUGAACAGUGGGCAAUUAGUGGCCAUGCAACAGGUUGGGAAUUUAUCGGACCAGGUGUUUUCUUUGACACCUUUAGCUGUCAAUCAGGUGAUACCAGGUGCCCCUGAUUCUUCAGGUGAAAGUGCUUCAAGUUCUAAGAUACAUGUAACUCCAGAAAGGCUAUUGUCCAUGUUUUCUCCAGAUACAAACUCUUAUAUUUCAGUUCUCCAGCAGGCUAUAUCCUCCCAGCAAAGUCAAAUGCCAGGUAACGAAACAGUAACGAUGAAUCAAAGUUCGCUAUCCAAUCCCUACACAAACCAAGGAUUUCCCACACAAAUUAACACUGUUCAGCCCUCAGGGGAUUGUGGUAUUCCCAAUAACCAAACUCUUAUCGUCACAGUCACAGAUUCACUUCCACCAUCCACCCUGCCGUCUGCUCAGCUGACCUCUAAUGCCAGUGCUACAGGAUCUUCCUCCACAGACACAGCUCAGUAUAAACACAAAGCGAAGUCUUCCAAGAGAACCUCUGUCCCCCGCGGACUGGAUGACAGUUCUUCGCAGAUUGAUGUACAGAGUAUAGAACUGGAUGACACAAGCUAUGACUUCAACCUCCAGGACAGUGGUCUGGUUUCCAAAGAGACUAUGGGAGGAAGACAGCCUGAUUUAUAAUGUCCCUACCAUCAUCCAAGUGUUCUAAUGAUAUUGUGCUACCAACAUCUAUGUAUGGAUAUUGAUAUGGAUACUUCGUAAUCUCUUACACAUUACAAUUUUCAUUUUGAUUCCAGUUGUCUUUCUUGCAGUAGAAUACUGUUGACAUUGGAGUAAAAUACUCUCAGUUUAAAACAGUUGUAUAUGGUGUAAGCACACUAUAAGGACCUGCAGGUUCUAUAUGAUUAAUUUUUUAUUUUUUUUACAUUACUUUAAAUGACUGUGUUUUAAAGACAUAAUCUUGUCAAUCCAAAAUCUAAGAAAAAUUUAUCCAAAUUUUCAAUGUAAAGAUAAUGUGUAAAGAUGUGGUUACUGCAUUUUUAUCUUUUUGCUGCAUUUAUACUUUAAUACUGAAAAAUGAAUCUAUUAUAACAGUAUGUGUCAACUUGUGUAUACCUUAAACAUUUCAGGCAGAUAAUGGUUAGGGAUCCAUGCAGUUAUAAGAUAUCUUUGCUGUAAAAAUGUGAUUUGAACAAUUGUUUUUGAAGAUACAUUUGUUUCAAGUUCAGAAAGUUGUUAUAGUUAGGCAUUUUGUAUGAGUUUUGUUUUUGAAAAGCUGUUUAAUGAAUUUUGAUACCUUGUUUGUUAGAACAUACUGUGAUACAUGCAUAGUUGUUUGCAAUGUAUUUGCAAGAUGCUACUUCAUAUUUAAUGUAAUAAAUACAAUUCUGAUAAA